AACUCAAUAAUAAUGUUUUAAUUUUUAUAUAGUCACAUUUUCAAAUAUAUUUUUCUGAAUCAUCUUUUUUCCAAUUUUUAGAGAGCUGAAAUGAUGAAUGCAUGUAUUCUAGAUCUUAUAUUGAUUCAUGCUCUUCUUGAGAUAAAUUUCAGUUCUUUCAAUCUCAGACAACGAUGGUGGUGUACAUUUGGUUCUCUUAUGCAAUGGAGAUGGUAUCAAGCUGACUAAACAAAGUAUAUGGAGAUCCUCACGCAGCUGGCUAGCUGUUUCAGCUAAUCGGCAUCCCUCUGCUGGACAUUUUAUGUCUAAUCAACAAUGUCUUGGCGUCCAGCUUGUGCAGCUCAACCGAGAUGCCUCUGCUGCUGGUGCAGCUUGCCGUGUGACAACACAAAGAAAAAACGUGGAGAUUGGGUCAGUUGGGGCUGUGGGAAAAUCUGAUCCCAGUCGGGUGAAGAAGUACUUCAUUCAAGAGUUUCUGGACAAGGAACAAGAAGAUACCGACGAGGAUUUGGAUUUUAGAGCACUUGAAAAUGGAUUUGUAUUUUCUAAAGCGUGUGAUAAAGUUAUGGUCAGCUAUAAAAGAACUAACAUCAGUUGGAUGUCUUCCAUAUAAUCAACUUAUUCAGUACACUGCUGGCUAGCAUGCGGGCUCAUGCCAAUAUCCCAAUACAAAACUGUUUACAAAGUUACCAAUAU